ACUUCUCCCUUUGACUUCCAUCGCCUCCCCUCUCUAUUUAACCCACUAUCGUUUUUCGUUCACGCACUAUCACACUCCUUGCCUUGGCUUCUCUCUUCUUGACAUAUAUAUACGCGUGUGUCCGCCAGACACUUCCAUUAUAGUUGAGCUAGCAAAACCAAACACAUAAACUCUCUUUCUCUUAAUUAGACAUGGCUAGCAAUCAUCACCAUCAGUUUCAGAAGAAUGGCAUGUAUAUAGAAACUCCAGAAGCGUUUGGCGAUGGAGGCAAGAACUUCGAUGACGACGGACGAGUCAAAAGAACCGGGACGUGGGUGACUGCGAGUGCCCACAUCAUAACGGCGGUGAUAGGCUCCGGUGUGCUAUCACUAGCUUGGGCAAUAGCUCAAAUGGGAUGGGUGGCUGGGCCUGCCGUCCUCUUUGCCUUCUCUUUCAUCACCUACUUUACUUCCACUCUUCUCGCUGAUUGUUACCGUUCACCUGACCCCGUCCACGGCAAAAGAAACUACACUUAUUCCAUGGUUGUCAGAUCCGUCCUAGGAGGUAGGAAAUUUAAGCUGUGCGGAUUAGCUCAGUACGUUAAUCUUAUAGGCGUGACCAUCGGCUACACCAUAACUGCGUCAAUUAGCAUGGUGGCCGUGAAAAGGUCGAAUUGUUUUCACAAACACGGGCAUCAUGAGAAAUGUUAUAUAUCAAACAACCCAUUUAUGAUCAUGUUUGCGUGCAUCCAAAUCUUGCUUAGCCAAAUACCAAACUUUCACAAGCUCUGGUGGCUCUCCAUCGUCGCAGCCGUUAUGUCUUUUGCUUAUUCUACCAUUGGCCUCGGACUCUCCAUAGCUAAAGUCUCAUCAGGUGGGGAACACGUACGGACAUCCUUAACAGGAGUGCAAGUUGGAGUGGACGUGACGGGAUCGGAGAAGGUUUGGAGGACGUUCCAAGCCAUCGGAGACAUUGCCUUCGCUUAUGCUUUUUCUAAUGUUCUUAUCGAAAUCCAGGAUACACUGAAACAAAGCCCCCCAGAGAACAAAAUGAUGAAGAGAGCAAGUUCGAUCGGCAUCUUCACCACAACCAUAUUCUACGUGCUAUGUGGCUGCAUAGGUUACGCAGCAUUUGGAAAUGACGCGCCUGGAAAUUUCCUCACUGGCUUCGGCUUCUACGAGCCCUUCUGGCUCAUUGACUUCGCCAACGUCUGCAUCGCCAUCCACUUGAUCGGAGCAUACCAGGUAUUCUGCCAGCCCAUAUUUGGGUUCGUGGAGAACUGGAGCAAGGAAAGAUGGAGCGAGAGCAAAUUCAUAAACCACGAGCAUGCUUUGAACAUUCCUGUGUGCGGGACGUAUAACUUGAACUGGUUCAGAUUGGUGUGGAGGAGUGCUUAUGUGGUGGUGACGGCAGUGAUAGCGAUGAUAUUCCCAUUCUUCAAUGACUUCUUGGGACUCAUUGGUUCGCUCUCGUUCUGGCCAUUAACGGUUUACUUCCCCGUUGAGAUGUACAUUAAGCAGUCGAACAUGCGAAGAUUCUCCUUCACGUGGACAUGGCUCAAGAUACUAAGCUGGGCCUGUUUGAUCGUUUCCAUUAUCUCUGCCGCCGGCUCCAUCCAAGGCCUAGCUCAAGAUCUCAAGAAGUACCAGCCCUUCAAACCUCAACAAUGAUCAUAUAUAUGCAUGCAUAUAUAUGCUCAAAUUCAGAUUCAAGUGCUAUAUAUAUAUAUAUAUAUAAAUAUGUUUGCAUGUUUGUUUAUAGCUUUCUGUUCUGUCAGUUCUUAAUUAUAAUAAUAAAUAGCUGGGUAUAUAUAGUCCGGCGGGGAUAAUUUAAUGUUAUUAAAUGUUCCUAUGAAUGUAACACCUAGCUGCAGCAUAUAUUCAAGUAAGAAAUUUCUUAGAUGCUUUGAAAGCAAAUGAAGCAAUAUAUA